AUGUCGGAUGGGGCAUUAGCGAAAAUAUUGGCACAAUACGUAAAGGAUAGGAACCUAACGGAGGGCACUGCGAUUUAUCAGGGACAUUUAUGGAAGGAUAUACAGGACCAACUGGGGCUUUUUAUUACGGAUAUGAACAAUGACAGUGAGUACCACAAUGCUAAGAACUGUGAGAAUGCAUACUGGCAGCAUCCAGAAGAACAUGGGACACCCGGGCAGUCACCAAGGCGGAUGGAUCGAAGCAAAGAGAGAGUUAUAUGCAGACUCAUGACGCAAGCGAUAUACUUCGCAAAUGCGUGGAGUAAAGAAGCAAGGAACAACGCAAGCCACGAUGAUCAAAAUAAGGAGAUAAAGGGAAUAAUGAGAUGCACCAUAGCGGAUAUAUACCAAGACAUACUGACGGAAGCCGGAUGCGAGGGUCACUGGGGAACUUACUAUGCAUGGUACGUCGUGGACCAAAUAUCGGGAGGGCUGACGGCCACUCGGGGCGCGCAGGAUUGUGAGAGGGGGAAGUACAAGACUAUAGAUUUGAAGACUUGGCCAAUGCGGAGUAAAAUGAAGACAUGGCUAAAGGACAAUGAACAGAUGAAGCAGAAACUUGCACAGGAAAAAAUACAAGAUGGGUGUGGGGGAGGAACCGUAAAGACAAAGGGACAACUGCAACAGGAAGGAGAAAUAAAGGACGACGAGUCUGAACAUAAGAACGACGAAGAACUGAAGAAGAGAAUGAAGGCGGCUAUUACGCCAAUUUUGGGCAAACUGAAGCACGCAAUGAAGCAGGAGGAAAUCACAUUAAAGGCGUCAACUGGGCCGGCACCCACGUACGAUUCUGUGGACGACGCAGACGAACAAAAGGGUGACGAGAUAGACCAUGAAAUGAAACAAGCAAUCGAGGACGCGGGAGAAGACUUAAAAAAAGUAAUCGUUAUUCCCGCCUCCGCCACACCCGCCACGGCGGCUACAGGAACGGCGGAAAACAGACCAUCCACGGAACCGACAGACGAGGUCUGUGUGCGGACGGGGGAAUAUUUCCCCCCGGGGUGCAACAUUGUUACUGGUGGAGAAGGGAGGGAUAUCCAUGCAGCGACAGAAUUGUAG